AUGACUGCUAACAAGCGGAAAGCGACGGAGUCCGAGACCAGUGCGGGUUCCAUUCAGCCUCCAGCUAAGAGGUCGGUGAACCACACGUCAAGAGCAUGCGAUAGCUGCAGACGGCGGAAAAUCCGAUGUGAUGGAUCGUAUCCACAGUGCACAGUGUGCAAGGAAAGAGGUUGCGCCUGCGAGUACAAAGACGAGGACAAACGCAAGACUCACACCGAGCAUAUGGAAGACCUCAACACUCGGAUGGACAAUUUCGAACGUCUUAUCAAGGAGUUAUUACAUGCUCAGACAGUUGGCCAAAAUGUACCACCUCCCAUGCCAUCGUCCGCCAAUGAGAGCACGAAUGCUCGUGAUCAUACCAUCGUAGUCCCUACUGUAGAACAGAGUGGACCUGAUUCGAGUACACGUAUAUCCGUGCCUGAUUGGACUAUCGAUACUAGUCUGGAUCAGCAUGCUCCCAAUUUACCGUCCUCUAGCACGUACAUCUACCCCGAAACCAGCUUAUCACCCGUCGCUUCUACGCGUCUGAAGAAUCUUGGCGGAACACACGACUAUGAGCGAUUUCAGAGGGUCGGGACUGCCGCCGGAGCUCUUCUGCAGUACGGCCCGACUUCACUAUGGACUGUCACAAGCCCUCGGCAAAACCAAUCAGAUUUACCUUCUGCUAAUGAUUUGCAAAGUGGAGAUUGGAUCGAUUGGUCGCACAGUCUUCCCCCAACGCUCAACAUCAGUCGAACCACUCACGAUCAAGUAAUGAGCUACGUUGAUGCUUUCUACGCACCUUGGGGAUUGACAGUCGAUAUUCCUGCUUUCCUCUACGACCUGAACACAUGCAACCUGGUCAGAGCUGCCACUCAAAGUAAACCCAAUCAAACCCGCACGGCGAGUUAUUCGCCACUCCUGCACUGUUGCGUGCUUUACCUUGGACUUCGGCUGGUCAGACAUGAACAUCCUGUCUUGAUGAGUCAGUACGAGUCAAUCUUUGUCUCACAUUGCUUGACGCUGCUACUCGAGGAAUGCGAUCACACUGCUCUGAGCUCAUUACGUGCUUAUGGAUUGUUUUCAACAUGCAUCCACUUCGUAAGAAUGUCGAAAAACGAAGCCCAAGUAGACUUAGGCCAACGGCAGUUUUCCACUGGUUACCUCUACAGUGGCAUGGCAAUCGCUGGCGUGCACGCACUGGGACUGAACAUCAAUUGUCAAGAUUACGUCAGUAGAGGUUUGAUUAGUGAAAAAGAACGUAACCUACGAGAAUAUGCUUUCUGGUCAACAUAUAUACAUGAUACUCUACGAGCUUUGGCCGCUGGACGACAGCCUAUGCUGGUUGAUCAAUCGGGAGUCCCUUUUCCCACAAUCGACCAUAAGAUGGACGAUGUCCCAUGGAUAAAUCCCAACAACCCGAACUCAACGAUAUCUCAUGCUCCUGCUGGAAUCGUCGCUGUGGGAGUCAGAUCGAUGAGAUCCACAACAUUUCAUUGGUCGGCACGAUUAGCUUACGUAUGUCGAGUCGUAUUGGAGACGUUGUACUCCCCCGCCGCAAGAGGAAGCAGGCAAGACGAAGCUGUAACCAACGUUUCGCGUAAUUUGGAUGAAUGGUAUCGACAAUUCCCCUUUCGAUCUGCGGAACUGACUCCACUUCCCCACAUUUUGAUACUACAUAUGUAUUACAACAUGACGAUGAUAUUUGUACAUCGACCGUUAUACAGAUCGAAUAGACGUGAAUCAGCCGAAAAAUGCAAUCAAGCGGCAAAAUCUAUCCUUGGUACAUUACAAAUUUUCGAGCGAACCCAUGGUCUGCGCUAUGCCCAUCACAAUCUGAUCAAUGUCAUCUUCGGAGCUGCUACAAUAUUCCUUCUUCAAGCUGCAGAGCCCUCUUUGGCCAAUUCGACCGAUGAAAGCAAAGGAAACUUUGAACAAUGUGUCGAUUUUAUGGGUCAAUUGAGUCUAACAUGGGUCGAAGCUAGUAUCGCCAGAAAUAUCUUGCUCACCCUUCAAUCAGAUUACGAGAUCCCAAGAAGCAAUCCUCCAUCUCACAUAGAUACUACAACCGUCGCUGUCCCUUGGAUUGAUCCCUUCAACGACAUGCAAGAUAUAUGGGGGAUGAUGUUUAGCGGAGAACAAAGUGGACAAUGGCAGGAUUUUGGGAAUUCGUAUUCAUCGUCUGGAGCAUGA